CUAUUGGCAAAAGAAAGAAAAAUAAGAAAGAAAAGAAAGGAAGAAAGGAAGAAAGAAAGAAAGGAAGAAAGGAAGGAUAAGGAUAAGAAAAAGGAGUCCAAUACAAAAUUACUUUUUUUUAAAGAAAAGCAUCGAUGAAGCAUUCCUCACAAAACGCCAAAAAGAAAGGCCGGUCCUCCAGGAAAAAGAACAUGGCCGGUGGCCGUGAUGUAGAUUUGCGACAAGACAGGAUCGAUAGACUAGAUGAUGUAGAUCACGACUCUACAGACGAAGAAAGCGAUCAUUCAUUUGAUGACGACCUGAGCGAUAAUGAUACGCAUUCACCUAGCCAACUAGGAAAAAAGAGAGGACGACCCAAGUCUGGAACUGGAAGAGAGGACAGACCAAAGAAGAUUAUGUCUGGAAUGAUGUAUGAAGUAGAAGAUGAUAUUGAUGACAUUGGAGAGACCAAAGUGGAUAGUAACGGACACCUAAUGGGAGGGCGACAAUACAAAGUCACGACCUUUACGCUUCCAGAUAGAGGCAACAUGCUGUUUAUGUUUUCCAAGGAUCCAGCUGCACUCCUUAAUUUUCGAGAUAGUUUUGUAUUUCUGAAAAAGAAUCCAAAGCUCGUCAAGGUGCAUGUCACAGACGCCGAAAAAAACCAUCUGGUAGAAAGGGAUUUGCUGCGAUCUACUUUCCGCACUCGUGAAGUAUCUGUGGUCACGGCACGUUCAGUAUUUAAACAAUUUGGUCAUCGAGUAGUGAAAAAAGGCCGAAAGGGCCGUGAUGACUAUUAUUAUACAGGAGAGCUUGAAGACCAUGAAUUGUUUGGGGACGAUAAAGACUCAGAGGAUGAUGGAAAAGAAGCCCCAGCGGACAAGACAUGGGCACCAUUUGCACUCACUGGGCGUAAUAACAUUACCAACAAAGCAAUCGCACGUCUGGCAGGACCCGUAACAGAGGUCAAUUGGAUGCAUCAUGUUGCGGUGUCUAUACGCGACUUUAAUGCCCAUCUGUGCGAGUACCGACGUGAAAAUCCGGCAUUUUAUGAUAUACACACCAACGUUUACCAGAUCCCACUUUCUAAGCAACCCCGUAAACGACUCUAUCAACCAGAACCCAUUCAGGAAGAGUCUCCAGAUAGCCCUACUGAAAAGCCAUUGUCUGAAGUAACACCGUAAGUUUGGUGCAGACAAUAAUAUAUAUAUAUAUACAUGUACACACACAAACAAACAAACAAUCAAUCAAUCAAUCAAACAAUCAAUCAAACACACGCACACAAACACACAUCUAAAUUACCCACCUAAAUGCAUAUAUAUUCAUAAUAUAUACACAUAUAUUUCUUAAAAAAAUAUGCCUUUGAAGUGGACUAUCAGAUACAAACCUGAACAAGGAUGCGGUAAAUUCAAUUGAUGGCCGCCUUACCACCGCUGGUAGUGUGCCUCUUUCCGCUUAUUCAACCAAGGCACCUUAUACAUUUAUGCCUUCAACAUAAAAUAUAUAUAUAUAUAAUAUACGAU